AUGUCUAUUAUUUUUCUUUCCAAAUCGGUCAUGAGCGCAACCUACCUGCAUAAUGAGGCUGAUUUAAAAGAUCCACUUGGUCAGAAACUGCUAAUUCGUAAGCGGAUUGGCCAAGUACUCCUCUCAUUAUGUUGUGUCGUCCCAAUUCUACUUCGCAAUGGAGAAACAUCAGGAACCUAUAUGAGGCUCAUCUUCGUGUGGGCAGCACCUGUGCUGCUUAUGCUAUGGUCUUUCGCUUACCAGCUCCUGAUAUGCCUCCCAAAGACCCACACCAUACUUCCCAUUGCUGUCCCCACUAUUUACCUAUGGAUUGUUGAUACCCUCGCAUUGCAUCGGGGUACCUGGAGCAUCGCUCUUGGGACAAAGCUGGGCAUCCAUUUGUGGCCGUUUCUGGAAAUCGAGGAAGCGGUCUUCUUCCUCAUCACCAAUACCCUGGUCGUCUGGGGUGCUACGGCCUACGACAAUGCCGUCGCUGUCCUUGACGCUUUUCCAGAACAUUUCCCUUAUGUCCCAGGAACUCCAUCACCACCUCUGCUACUCAGAGGCCUUUUUCUUUCCACGUCAAAAUACGAUACCGAACGUCUCGAGGGAUUGAAGAAGGCACUAUCCGUUCUAGCGCGCAAGAGUCGUUCUUUUUACCUGGCAUCAGGGGUUUUCGCUGGUCGACUAAGAAUUGACCUCAUUCUACUAUACGGCUUCUGUAGGGUAGCGGAUGACCUGAUUGAUAACGUAACUUCAGAGAAGGAAGCUGAAGCUUGGGUAAAACAUUUUACGGAGUUUCUCACCGUCAUGUACUCCUCCAAAGCCGAUGGGAGCAAGAUCAAAGAGGCUCUGAAGCCAUUCCCUUCCGAAGUGCAACCGGUAUUGGUUCAGCUCCCUGUCGACAAACUCCCUUCUGAACCGCUUUAUAUGCUUCUGGAUGGAUUUCGCAUGGAUCAAAAGUUCUUGAACAAGGACGACAACUCCAGUCCACCUAUUCAGACAUUCGCAGAUCUGCAACAGUAUGCUACCUGUGUAGCAGCAACGAUUGGGGAGCUGUGCCUCCACUUGGUAUUCCAUCAUGAUCCGGAUCGCAACACGGACGCGACAACAAAACAGAAGUGUUUAGAAUCCGGUGCCGGGAUGGGUCGAGCUUUGCAAUAUGUCAAUAUUGUUCGUGAUGUUCCCACUGAUGCUGAAGACGGGCGAUGCUAUAUUCCGGCUGAAUGGCUCACCAGUUGGGAAUCUCCUGAGGAAGAGAAAGUAGGCAGGGAGAGGGAGAUCGCCCAACUGCGCAAAAAGAUCCUGGACAUUGCAUUCACACAAUAUGCCGAGAAUCGUGAUGCAAUUGAGAACCUGCCUUCAUAUGCUCGAGCCGGCAUUCGUGUGGCAGUCGAAAGCUAUAUGGAAAUCGGCCGGAUCAUGCGAGAUCGACUGGUCGCCAAUCAGCCACUGAAUUUUGCUGGAGGAGGCAAAGUAGGUCGCGCUUCUGUUCCAAAAAGGAGGCGUUUAAUGGUAGGAUGGCAAACGAUGAGAGGCUGGCGUGGCGCUUUGUGA